AUGAAUCAGGCGAUCGAGUAUCUCAUGGACGCACUUGCCCUAGCUAACAAUAGUCAUUCCGAAAGAGACAGCGAGGAAAAUUCUCCCUCGAUCAAUGUUUUGGGUGCAGUUCAGUCUCAAGAUUCCGCCAAUUCCACCAAUCAGACUGAUGGCUCUUCUGGCUCGGGGGUUAAAGGAACGGGUGAAGCAGCACAGACCCGACAACGCCGUGAGUCACGUACCUUGGAUCAAUAUUUCUACUCUUCUUUGCCUGAUACGGUCAGGCGAGAUGCAGAUCAAGUGAUUGUGCGCUAUCAGGCAAAAAAACGCUACUCGCAUAAAGAGGAUUAUGGGAACAGCUCGUCUAUGGGGGAAAACGCAGCUUCGCCGCCACCAAACAAGAACAAUAAAACGACAAAUAAUAAGGCUCAGAGCAGCGAUAGACAAACAAACGAGCCUCCUAAGUACCCUUUGAACGAAAAUUAUAUGAGAUACCAAGAAAAAUUCAAACUUUGUAUGUUGGAUCAACUGUGGUUGUGGGUUCUUGAUAACAGUGAGAAGCUUUAUCGUGAAGUUGGAAAAAUCUUGUAUGAAGCUGACAUUGUUCCCUAG